AAACUGCUCCGCGAGGGUCCCUGCUGCCGCCGCUCCCUCACCCAGGCGCGCCCCCAAUCCUCGUGCCCAGCUCGGAUUUCUGUCGUCGCCGCUCCCUCCUCCCCCAGACGCGCCCCCAAUCCCGUCGGCGACCCUCGUGCCGUCCCAUCGGCCGCCGCCGCUCUCCUAUCCCCCAGACGCGCCCCCAAUCUCGGCGCCGCACUACCCUCAUCCCGGCGCGUCUCGGCCUCCCGUCGGCGACCCUCGCGCCGUCCCGGACGUUGCGCUGCGCCGCCGGUAACCGCCCCGACGAGGACGUCCGUCCUCACGAGCUGCGGCGCGCGAGCGCUGGCAGGAGGUCGGCGUGGCGAGGGCCAGGCGCGGGUGGCGCGAGGCGGGUCCAGGCGGCUUAGCACUUAGCAGCGGCCAGCCAUGGCGGCAAGCACCAUCAUGGGAGGUAACCCCCUAGUUCUCGUGUGCUGAUCCGUCUCCCCCCGCGCAUGGCGGUAUGGCGGUGCUUCAUCAGCCAGACCCAUGGCUGGAUCUCGAGUGGAUUGGAGGAGGGCAGCAGAUCCCCUUUUGCAGCUGGCUCCAAAUUGAGUGGAGGCUACCAUACGGAGCAGUAUGCCUUGGCACAAUUCCAGAUCGGAGCGGAGAGUCCUUGCCUUCAAUCGCCAUCAGGAAAGGUCCAAAUCUCUCGCGAAUGCGACUACCUUCCAGUCUCAACGGCGACCUCGAAUCUGUUCCCCUGCGUCGGCUGGCGGCAUCCAUCCACCUGGGGCUUCAUUGUUGCGUUGCAGUGGCCGUAUUUCGUACUGGUGGCCCCGUCAAUCACCAUCCCCGUAGAGGAGGCAGGAUCCUACGGUGAGCUGCCGCAAAUAGGCAAUGAGACUUGGGGAAAUACCAAGUAGCAUUACUAGUGCACCUACAUUUGAGAGCAGGACUGGUAAGGCACAUGCCCUAAUAUGAUGCCCAGGCUCAGGUGCUGUCGGCCGAUUCAAGUUCUUUCAUUGCCAAUUCGAGACCAUCCGCGCCGAUUCAUCAUCCUCCACAUGAGGUCCUCCCCCACUCAAGCUGAUUUCCCAGCCAUCACCCCAACGUCUGCUCAAUCUUGGAUAUAUCGUUGGUAUUUCCCCCACCGGCGCAAGGUACCCUUCUAUCCUCACCCUAAUUGAUUUCAGUUGAUUUGGUUGAUUUUCCUCUGAGCUGCCGAUUAUUUGUGGAGGAUAUGUAGUUCAAGUUAGGUCAUAGGUUGUUGCAAUCGCUAGCUGUGUGAUACUUUUCCCUAUUUCCUUAUUCUAUGGUUUUUGAUUCUCGUCAAUGUGUAUAGCACUAGCACGAUCUCUCACUGAUUGGACACGAUUUUCUCUGAAGGCAUGCUAUUUAAUACCUUUUCCUCUGAAUGCAUGCUUUGCUAACUACUAGUUUUGUUUAAUUUUCUGAAUCUUGCUAUCUGUUUCUUUUAUCUUAGUUUAUGUAUAUUGAACUUCAGCCUUAGUUACUAUUUUCAGCCGGAUUUGUGCAACUGAUGAUAAUGCUAGAUCAGCUAUAUGUUUUGAUGGAUUAAUAAUCUGGUGCACAGUUGAUUUAGGCUUCAGAAUUAAGGUAUAUGUAGAUUAAUAAUAUUAAAUAAAGUUAUACGGUAAUGCAAUAUUUUCGUUGUAUGUGAGGUGCUUCAGCAUUCCCUUUGUUAUCUGAUUGGUCUAUAUUCCUUAUUGCUUCAUGACGUAAUUGCAUACCUUUCUGUUCUGCUGUUGAUUGUCUCCAGAACCAAGCAAUUUACUACAACUAAUUGUUUUCCUGACAGGGUGUUGGUGGGGGAAUACCUAUUCAGAUAACUAGAGCUAUAUUAAUUGAUGGCGUAAUGUCUUAAAAAUUGAUGGCUUUGUGGUGCACAAUUGAUCUAAUACUCUUCAUAUUUCAGUAACAUAGAAGUACAACAAUUACCUUGCCAUGCUGAUUUUUUGUACAGUAAUAUAGAUGUGUCAGUAGAACAUUCUUGUAAUAACUAUUUGCUAGCACUAGGGGGUUACUCUUUUGUUUUGAUGCACUUGAACAAAUUUUCUCUCUCAACACUAGCAUGGUAUCCUAAUCAGAGCUAAGUUCCAUUGUUUUUUA